AAUGAUCAGUUCUCUUAAGUUAUGUCGGGAAAUACUUAAACAACCUCCAUUGAGUACUGUUUAUAAUGUUAAAGAAAUGGGAAUAAAUGAUGAAUUUGGAGAAUGGUGUACUAACGGUAUUGAUAUGAGUGACGAAGAUUGGGAAAGGUUUGUUUUAAAUAAGUCAAUUACAACGUUUCAUCCGUGUGGAACUGUAAAAAUGGCACCGGAAUCUAAAAAUGGAGUAGUCAAUCAUCGACUUCAAGUUUAUGGGACAAAAAAUCUUCGAGUUGUUGAUGCAUCAAUAUUUCCAUAUAUUCCAAGUGGAAAUACGAAUGCACCUACAGCUAUGGUUGCUUGGAAAGCAAGUCGGAACUAUAUCAUCAAACUUUUAAAUCAACUUUUGAAAGUUUUAAAACCAUACCAAUAUGCACCAACUUUUCAGUAUUCUCAUGAGAAAGUAUUGCAAACUGAGAGGUUAACAAGUGUAAAUGUAGAAAGCAGUUCUGAUUCAUUGAAUCUUACGGUUGCUCAGAUCAUACCAUCAAGACAUACUGAAACUCAAUCAAUUAUUCAUUCGUUCUUGUAUCUUAAGUAA